UUGAGCAUGGAUUUAAUGGAUUCUGUAUCGUUGUUGUUCCUAUUUGUCCUCACAGUAGUAUUGGUUUUCAAAAAGAGCAGCUUCUGGAAGACUAGUGGCCGAAAUCUUCCCCCAGGACCAAGGCCGUGGCCACUCAUUGGAAAUCUAAACCUCUUGGAUUUGAAGAGGCCUUACAGAACCAUGCACAAGUUAUCCAAGCGGUAUGGUCCUGUCUUCAGCAUACAAAUGGGACUCGAGACGGUUGUCGUCGUGUCGGGCUAUGAGACUGUAAGGGAGGCCUUGGUGAAUCAAGCAGAUGCCUUCAUGGAUAGGCCCGUGCUCCCAAAAUCUGAAAAUCUGCCAGGAAACUAUGGAAUUGUCUUUGCUCAUGGUGAGAACUGGAAGGUGAUGCGGCGGUUUAUGAUAACCACGUUUCGUGACUACGGAAUGGGCAAGAGGACCAUAGAAGACAGAAUUGUUGAAGAAUGUCAUUUCCUAAUCCAGAAAUUUGAAUCCUACGAAGGAAAGCCAUUUGAGGCCACUGUUAUCAUGAACGCUGCUGUUGCCAACGUUAUAAUGUUCAUAUUACUGGGCAAACGAUAUGAAUACGAAGAUCCCACUUUUGUACGACUAGUGUACUUGGUCAAUGAAAAUAUGCGACUUAGUGGAACUCUCGGAGCCAUGAUCAGCAGCCUGUUUCCUGUGCUGGGCUUUCUUUUUGAGAGUCACAAGGCAUUCAUUAAGAACAUUAAGGAAUUGCACGCCUUCACACAGGCCACUUCUGUAGAACACCUCAAACAACUGGAUGUGAACGACCAGAGAAGCUUCAUCGAUGCUUUUCUAAUCCAACAGCAAGAGGAGAAGAACAGGAACCAGAGUAAUGUAUUCUUCCAUAAUGAAAACCUAAAGUGUGUUGUGAAUGACUUAUUUGUUGCUGGCAUGGAGACCACUUCGACUACCUUGCGUUGGGGCCUGUUGUUGAUGAUAAAGUACCCCGACAUUCAGAAUAAGGUCCAAGAAGAAAUUACAAAGGUGAUCGGGUCUGCUCCACCUCAGAUUGAACAUCGGUCAAAACUGCCCUAUACAGAUGCCGUAAUCCAUGAAGUUCAGAGGUUUGCGAACAUCCUUCCUAUAGCCCUACCACAUGCUACCACUGUGGACGUCACUCUGAAAGGCUAUUUCAUUCCAAAGGGAAGGCAAGUCAUUCCAUUACUGUACUCUGUGCUGUAUGAUGAAUCUCAGUGGGAAAAACCCUUGAAAUUCUAUCCGGAGCACUUCCUUGAUUCUGAAGGAAAGUUCAGAAAGAGGGAAGCCUUCAUGCCUUUCUCUGCAGGUCGGCGAAUCUGCGCUGGAGAGAUCCUGGCCAGAAUGGAGCUCUUCCUCUUCUUUGUGAGUCUCCUGCAAAGGUUCACUUUCCAGCCAGCCCCUGGGACGUCUACAGAAGACCUGGACCUGACCCCAGCAAUCGGGUUCUCACUGUCCCCGAUGACUUACAGUUUCUGUGCUUUGCCACGUUCUUAAGAUCAAACGAUGCUUAGCUCCCCUGUGCACCCCACCUUCUUUCCUGCGCUUUCCUGCCAGACAAUUUCAGACUCAAUGCAAAGGGACUAUGCUUUGCAGAGGAGUCAAACGUAUUUGUUGUGAAGACUGGAUGCGGUAUAAAUGUCACUUUGUCAGGCCGGGCCACGUAUGCCUUAAAAUGUAACACGAGGGACUAGAGGUAUUAACUUUAUAAUGAUGAUCUCAGAUGCUGAACGGCAAUAGCAGGCAUGAUAAGAUUAGGUGUGAUACGCGGAGGAGGAGUAGGCAUGGAGAUAUCAGCAUUGGUUAUGUGACAGGAAACCUAGGUCUCCAUUUGGUACAGGAGGAUUCAGUCUAGGAAGAUGCAAAUAAUAAAUGGAAAUAACCCUGAACAAGUGAGCAAUGACUCAUGGAAGCACAAACUCUGCCACAAAUUUUGUUAGUCCAAGGUGGUACUGGACUCUUACUCUUUCUACUGCUAUUAGAAACCAUAUUCAAAAAACAGCUGGGGGACUUUUUAACCUUCCAGAACAUUCGGCGGGGAGGGCUUGAUAUAAAUGCGAAAUAAAUAAACAAAAAUAAAUUUAGUUGCUGUCCUAAGAGUAGCAGUUCUUUUACCAAGGAAUUUCAAAGGGAGAUUAGAGCGACAUGCUGAAUUUAAACUGAUAAUGAAGGUCACGUCAAUGCAUUCUCCUGGACUGAACUGAGCCUUAGGUUUCUUCUCCCGUUACCAAGGCCUGCUAUUGAUAUUUUGCAUCUGAAAUCACUUCACUCUCCAAGAUAUAAGGACAGAUGGACUCAUGUUUUGGCUGCAUUUUUAGAAGUGAGCAGUGAUUCAUGAAGACUCGUGCCCUGCCAUGGGACUCUCUCUCUCUCUCUCUCUCUUGUGGUCUCUCUGAUUCUUUCCCUCCCCUCCCUCUGAAGAAGUGUGCAGGCACACAAAAGCUUACACCUUGAGUAAAAUGUUGUUCUUCAUAAAAGUGCUCUGAGAUUCUCUGUCUCUGGAUCUUUCCUUCCCCUACCUCCCCAGAGGAGGAGGAAGGGAGGAGUUGGCUUUUUUUCUUUUUGGAUCCAGUGGGGCAUUUCUGCAGACAGAAGGAUUUCCUCCUACCCAGCAUGACUUGGGCAGGAAUCCCAUUUUACUCAAGAACGUUUGAAGCCUUCCUCUGAUGCAAGGUACGUGGAGGAGGGCUUCAGACGUGGCUGAGUGGAGUGAAAAGAUACAACAAUGCUUUUCUCUCAGGGCCUACCUGAAAAGAUGAGGGCCAGGGGGCUGAGAUGCCUUGACAAUUAUGGUGUUGGAAAGUGGUCCGGGUGCCUCUCUGAUUUGGAAGAAGCAGAGAAGAUGCUUUUUUGCCAGAUACUGUUACCCAAAUGGACAGUCUCCUGAUUAUUUUUUUGGGGUGUGGGGAUGUGUGUGGAGGUGGAUUUAGAGACAGAGCAAGAGGCAGGUAACUCAUGAGCUCCACCAAUGUUUGUGGGGAUUGUUCCCUCAAACUGUUGAAAUAAACCAGGCUUAAGUUCAA